AUGACCUCCUCGGCGCCUACCCGAAGACGCGGCCAGCCGAAAGGCAUUUCAUCGCUCUCCUCGGAGAAGAUGGAACCCGCCCCCCGGGGCGACGAUGACGAGAAGAACAUCACCGACAACGCCAAUGGAUCGGCCAUGAACGGACACCCUUCGACUGAGAAGCCCAUGCAAAUAGCUGGCCGCAUCGUCACAAGUCUAUUUGCCCAAUGGAUCGCAGUUGGUGUCAUGCUUGGUCUGAUCUUUGGCGGAUGCUGCUCCAAUGUCCGUUAUCCUGUCUACGCCUUAGAGGCUAUUAUCAAAGUCGAACCCGCGAGCGGAACUCUCUUGACCUUCGUCCAGUUUCUCUUCGUAGCCAUCACCGGAUACUUCUCUCAGUUUGACGGAUCAAGGCCUCCCUUCUUUAUCCGAGAAAACAAGGUUCCUCUGCGCCGGUGGAUCAUCAAUAUUGUGCUGUUCUUCAGCAUCAACGUGUUGAACAACCACGCCUUCAGCUACGACAUCUCCGUUCCCGUUCACAUUAUUCUGCGCUCCGGUGGAAGCAUCACAACAAUGAUUGCUGGUACCCUCUAUGGGAAGAAGUACUCGCGCAUACAGAUUGUGGCGGUUGUUCUUCUGACCUUUGGUGUCAUCACUGCAGCGUGGUCGGACGCACAAUCCAAGGCAAGCCACAAUACAAGACCCGCGUUUGGGACCGGUCUCAUUAUUCUCUUCGUGGCGCAAGUUCUCUCUGCCAUCAUGGGCCUCUACACUGAGGAGACGUACAAGAAAUACGGACCUCAGUGGAGAGAGAACCUGUUCUACUCGCAUUUGUUAUCCCUGCCACUUUUCCUGCCAUUUGCGCCCUCGCUGAUCCGUCAAUUUCGACGACUGGCCGACAGCCCGCCCUUAUCGCUGCCGUUGCUGGCACAGCUUGCUGGCCCUGGUUUUGGUGAAGAUGUUGGAGGAGGAAUGGCCAAAUUUCGCAUCCCGAGCCAACUUGCGUACCUCGCAACAAAUGUUCUUACCCAGUACGCAUGCAUCAGGGGUGUCAACCUUUUGGCUGCUGUGUCUUCAGCACUGACUGUCACCAUCGUGCUGAACAUUCGCAAGCUGGUCAGCCUGCUCUUGAGCAUAUGGCUCUUUGGAAAUCGCCUAGCCGUGGGAACGCUGGUUGGAGCAAUCAUCGUCUUCGGUGCCGGAGGACUGUACUCAUUAGAUUCUAGAGCCAAGACGUCGAGAGUACAGAAGGGGUCGAAUACGAAAUAA